UUAAGUUACUUGAUUCUAUUUUUAGCAGAAUUUUUAAACAUAAAAAAACGGGAAGUAUAUUAAAAUUACUAUUAAAAAUUUACUGCUGUCAUAAACGGGAAUUCAAACAUAAACAUGUAUUCUAAAUAUACAAUAGAUGUAGAUUGUCGGAAUAUCUAUUGAGAAGAACACAAAAUGAACUGUGACGUAAACAUAAUGAUAGAUGACUGAACGCAGUAUUUUACUUCAAUGACUAUAACAAAGAUUAUUGCACUUUAUUUCCAUAUUCCCUGUUACAUGAGAGUCGCUACUAUCAUGUGAUUACAUUUCAUUUGCCUUGGAAAAAUCAGCUUGACGUCACCUCGCCUUACUUUGACUUCAUGCGAGAGACGUUAUAUUAGAGACCAAUCGAACUAAAAGAUAACAACACUUCAGAAUCUUCUAUGUUAUAUUUGCGUAGGAUACAGUAAUGAACAAGUACUUGCAUCAAUUAAAUAAUGGAUAUAUGGGUCCUUCAGGAGUGGAUACCAUGCUUAUAAUAUAUUUAACGAUGAUCUAUAGUUGUAUUGGUUCUGUUUAUUUGGAUUAUAUAUAUUACAAGAAGUUAAACCGGAAAUGUUUGCCGUACUAUGACUGCCCUCCUGAUCAUGAAAUUUUGCCAUGUGAGAAGAACUUUCAAGAGGAUAAAUGUCGAAGAUGCAAGAAAGGAUAUGUUCAGCCUGAUCUUCUGUCUUCUUCAGGGCGGAUACAUGAAACUUCAUGUUUUAAACCUAUAGCUACCUCUGAAUGUUUAGCUCACGAUAUAACGUAUAGCAAAAAUAAACAUCAAAAUGCUUUCUGUGACAGUCUUCCAGGGUGUAAGUGCCGUACCGAUUUGUGUUACUUUGGCGACCCGUGUCUAUGUUCAACAAAAGAAAGAUGUGGAAUAGGUAAAACUUUGACAAAUUUAGGAGUUUGUGUUCCUUGUCCUGAGAACACCUAUAAAAAUGACACUGGUUGUGGACCUUGUCGGAGAAUCAGAAAAAGAAAUCAGACUGCAGUUAUUAUUCAACCAUUAAAGAUAACUAGAACCGCCAUAGUUAUUCACAGUACGCAGCAACCUCUGUCCUCGGAAAGACCAAUCCCUGUUUAUUCAUCAAUCUCCCCUCAACCUUUACAGCAGGAAAGAAAAAACAAUGACAACCACAUUUUAAUACCUGUCAUAGUAGUCCUAGGUGUUAUAUUUGUGUUCCUCUUGGUUGCCAUAUCUGUGUACUGUAUAAGGAAGCCUGGGAUCGUUUUAACUGGAAUUUGCUGGAGUCAUGAUAAUACUGAACAACAGAAUAGACAGGAUAGAAACCAUACUCAGAGAGUCGCACUAAUAAGAAAUCCAACCGACGAAGAUAGUGUAACAGUCAAUAUGCAAACAGCUCUACCGAAAGUUGAACAAAAAGGAUUAUAUCCUAAUCUAUUGGCUAUAAAUGGAGACACAAAGAAUGCAGCUCUCACUGACGCAAGUUCAACUGAAUCGGGAUUUCACGAAGAUAGUGAUGAAAAUAUGUCAGGCAGUGACCCAUUGAUAAAUCAAUUGUGUUUGCAUACCGAAAUGGAUUCUAAAUGUGCAAGAUGUCUGAACAAACGCGAUAUUUUAAACAUAGACCAACAGGACAAUGAUGACUGCUCAUACGAAACAAAGAAAGAACAGCCGUCCCAAGAUUGUUCGACGGGAAACGAUUCAUAUGAUGAUUUUGGCCUUUCAUCCUCCCUGAGUCCGGUUGUAACAGAAACCGAACCUCAUAUUUGCAGUUCAUUUUCUAAAACCAGGAAGAGUUUUGCUCUUACCAUUCCAGAUACCAUUGAUUCCUAUCCACUGGCAUCUGGAGAGUACAUCCCUAUGAAUGAAUCUGCUUUAGACAGCAGCAAUACAAAUGAUGACAGCAUUGUCAGUGAUUUAGAGUAUUUUAAUCAUGAAAUUAGAGGAACUUAUAACAGUUGCAAAAGUUAUGGUGGAAAAUCAGAGACUAAACCGAAACAUAGUGGACCAAAUAGUUUAGACAGUGGUGUAUUUGGAUCAGAGAAAAACGAAUGUCAAUAGUUCAAAGUGUAUAUGUUUGUCAAAUAUUCGAUUCGAUCGUAUAUCAAUCUAACUAAACGUAUUCAUACCAAAUUGAUCUCAACAUAUUUUUCUACGACAUUGAUCUCAGCAUAUUUAUCUACGAUCCCUACCUCGGUGUGAUCCAUAUCAUAUUGGUUGUCUGCUUUUUUUGGUAUUUUUAUUUAAUGCAUAUCAGUAGACAACUCCAUUGUGCAGGACAAAUAUAUAUAUAUAUAUGUUUUAUAUAUAUUUGUUUUGUCAUAAAAUUAAAACACUCACAUGAAAAGCAGUAUCGGUUUUUUUGUUUGCUAUAAUUCAUCUCAAACUCACAGUGAUCUCGUCCACGUGAUGCAAACACAUUCACCUCACUGCAAUUAUUGAGUGGAAUUCCCCUAUAAACAAUUGUGAAUUGUAUUUAAAACGAAAUCAAACAAAUUCUAUCAUUAAUUGCUCGACAAAUAAAAAAAACAAAGGACAGAAACAAUAGAAACUUAACAAACAACGGGCAACAUGUGUUAUGUUAUGUUAUGUGUAGACGGGUGCGUCGACAGGAUAAACAUCAUGUGGAUCUACACUCAGUCAAAAUCUCACAAUCGGAAUAGGACACAAUCGGCAAAAUUAUCGAUUAGUCGACUAUAUCGUUAUCUAAAUAUCGAAGAUUACGAUCGCUAGUGGGUUGAAAUAAAGAUGUGUCAUAUCGGUUAACCAAUUCUUGAUAAAACUAAUGAAGAAGAAACAUUGGGUAUGUUACUGCUGAGAACUGUUCAGCAAUUUGAAUAAACACAUUGCCCGAAAGCGAAAAAAUGAGGUAUAUUUAAAAAUGAAGCAUACUGAAGAGAAGUUAUUUCUGAAUUAAAAAGCCUAUGAAAAUAUGACAGCAUGAUUAUUCAUUAUUUUUUAUAUCUAUUUUUUCAAUACUUCUUAACAUUUCAUUUUGUCAGCUUUUAUAUUAAUCAUAUUUUUGUGCGUCUUUUGCUGUUUGCUGUUUAAUAUUCUGUUUGUAAUCAUUUUCACCUGUUAUGUAUUUCAUUUUAUUAACAUUAUUUGUCAUGUUGUAUAUGUUGUUAAUGGUUUAUACAUUAAAUGUGCUUUCUUCAAUAAGA